AGGACGGGCAAGUUUUACGACAACUCGACAAGGUGAGAGAGCCGUCCGGAUACACGACUCUGCGGCAGAGCUGCACGGAAGCGGUAAGAACGAGCUCGCUAACGAUUCUACGUUGUCUUGAAAAUUCUUCCCGCCAUAUCCCGGACCUCACGAAUCGAAUUAUCUAUCAUCUACGAUCCUUGAAAUCUACUGCUCUUGCACACCGGAACCUCGAACGUAUCUGCUGCUCCAUCGGACGAUCAUAUUGUGUUGGAAACGAAUUCUGUUGGACGAGAACAGAUGGGUAUCGACAUUAAGAACCACCACGUCAGGAAGGGCAACCGAUCCUCUCCCAAGAGUGAGGACCCCUACCUCCUCUUGUUGGUCAAGCUCUACCGAUUCCUCGCCCGAAGGACCGACUCUAGGUUCAACAGGGCCAUCCUCAAGAGGCUCUUUAUGUCCAGGAUCAACCGACCCCCUAUCUCCAUCUCGCGAAUCAUCAAGGAGUCCAAGGGCCAGAACGCCGACGGUGCCAAGACCGUCGUCGUUGUCGGAAAGGUUCUCGAUGACGAGCGUCUCCCCGAGGUCGGCAAGCUCACCGUUGCCGCCUUGAGCUUCGCCCGAUCCGCCAGGGACAGGAUCAUCGCCAACGGUGGUGAGGCUUUGACCCUGGACCAGCUCGCUUUGAGGGCUCCUACCGGUAGCAACACCGUUUUGUUGAGGGGAAAGAGGAACGUCAGGGAGGCCGUCAAGCACUUCGGUGGACCCCUCAAGGGAGGAAAGCCUUUCGUUCGAUCGAAGGGCAGGAAGUUCGAGAAGGCUCGUGGACGAAGGAGUUCGAAGGGAUUCAAGAUCAAGUCUACCCACAAGUAAACGAUUUGAUCCGUACACGAGGGAGAAGGGAAGAAGUCGGGGACGUGUCGUUGUGGACGAUGACAAAAAGCAAAAGAAACGACGGCAUCAUCUCGUUGAAGACACGGACGGGCGAGGCAAGGGAGAUCGUUAUCCGGUCUCGCUCCGAACGGUCCUCGAUGGGAAAAGGGACGGGUCUUCUGCUUCUUCUCGGGAUGUUGUACCUCCUUGGAUUCGGUUCAUACUGGACGGGUCGAAGGGGGAGGGUUUUGUGAUGCAGAUGAUGAUCAUGCCCGUUUCCACACCUGUGAUUGUUUUGGCAUUCUGCGUCACGCAAAUCAUACCGCGCGGACAGGGUCGACGAAGCUUCUCGAUUUCUGAGGAAG